AUGGUCGUCACAGCAGUCAUAACCGAAGAAACCAACUGUUUGCGUCUCAAAGCAGAGAAGCCCAUUAUCGAUCUCCCACAUGCCGAUACGACCACCGGACGCGUUGUGCCCAUCAAGCACGCGGAAGGUAGCCAGGUAGACUUUGGCGCCGAGAUCUACGGCAUCGAUUUGAACAACUUCACGGAUGCAGACUUUGAGUUUGUUUCUGAUGCACUACAUAAGUGGAAACUGUUGGUGUUCAAGGAGCAGGCGCAGAUGCUGAAGCCGCAGCAGCAAUAUCUGCUUACAGCCAACUUCGACCGCGAAGAAACAACCGGUGGUUUCGCUCACGGUCACGACCCUUUUCUCACCCACCACAAUGGCGUGGACUUCUACGGCAUUCCCAAGCGUCCAGCAAUCCCAGUACAGCCACAAGUACAUAUUCUUGGACGCGGACCCGUUCCAGAAGGUCACUUUGGCUUCCCACCGGGCUUCGAAGUCCAAGGUAUUGACCACGAAGAGUUCCAUCUUCCACCGCACAUACCCGCGGAAGAGCGCGAGGCCGGCGCCUCGCGGUUCUACCAAUGGCAUUUCGACGGAUCUUUGUAUGACAUUCCUCCUCCGCGUGUGGGCUGUCUCUUGGCUGUUCGAACUCCCAAGGGUCCAGAUGUGACUGUGCGAUGGGAGGAUGAAGCCGGAACGCAGAUGAAGAUGGCGCCGGGAGCUACGGCGAUGGUCGCUGGUAGUCGUGCGCUGGCGCUACUCGAUGAGGAGACACGUAACAUCGUCCUGAACAGCAAGAUUGAGUACGCGCCACAUGCCUUCGUCUGGAUGUCCAAAGCGCACAGUACCCGUCUCGGCCAUUCCCUCGAAACCGAAGGCCUUGAAAAGCCACUGGAUGAGCUGCCGAAAUGGGAGAAGAGCAAAGUCUGUGUGUACCCGAUGGUAUGGACGAAUCCGAAGACUGGUGAGAAGUCGCUGCAAGUGCAUGGCCAGGGCGCUCUCAAGCUACAUCUCAAGAGUAGUGCAGAUGGACCUGAAAGGGUCGUUGACGACUUGGGAGAGGUCAGGAAGUUCCUUGAUGAGCUCAUGCGACCGGCGUUGCAACCCGAGAACAUAUACGCGCACCCGCAUCAGGAGCAGGAUGUCAUCCUGUGGUACAACCGCGCGCUAUGGCACAGCAUUACUGAGUUUCCCAAGUCAUAUGGGCCGCGUGUGAUGCAUCAGUGCAACAUUGCGGCGAGCGAUCAUCCGUCAGGGAAAAUCGCCGGUCACCCUUUUCCUCGACAUCGGCCAAGAAUUAUGGCACCAGGUAUCCUGGCCCCUGAGCCCACCUUCACGGUGAAGGAGAUGGAGAAGGCUGUCAAAGAGAAGCAUAACUUUGGAGCGGUGAUCGAUGGCCUAGAUCUGAACAGCAUCAGUGACUCCGACGUCAAAGCGCUGUCAGACGCGAUCUGGACCCACAAGCUUGUUGUUGUCAAGGGUCAGAAGAACCUCGCGCCCAUCAAGCAAUGGGAGCUUGUCACACGCUUCGAUCCCAAAGCACCACAUGUGCAUUCUCAUGGCGAUGUCAAGACCUUCCACAAACAGGGUGGCCUACUAUCGAGAGGACGCGAUGUUGUCGGUAUACCCGGUGCAGAGAACGUACGUCUGAUCGGCAAAGGCUACCAGGGAUCAGAUCACUACGGUCUUAAAGACGCAACAAUCAAGAAAGAACUAGCACACGCAUGGCACGACAAACCGCUUCCAGAAGAAGAGUACGCGCAAGGCCACACGCGCUUCCAACGCUGGCAUAUCGACGCACCGCUAUACGCCCGCGACCCAGCCUGGUUUACCACCCUCCGCUGCAUCAAGCGACCCACAUCUCCAGAAAUGACCAUACAUUGGGAUGACGGCAGUGGCAUGACCAUGAAGACUGAACCAGGUCUGACUGCCUUCUUCAGCAACGUACAGACAUACGACAUGAUGACAGAGCAAGAGAAGAAGAUUGCCGACCACUCAUGGGUCGAAUAUGCACCCCACCCUUACCAAUGGAUGGGUGACUGCAAAGGCCAGUCUCACGGUCUAGGUCUAGUGAGUCAAGGUAGAGAAAAGUCAACGGAAGACCUUGGGCCCUACGAAGAAAAAGACAUCAAACGCUACCCCAUGGUCUGGGUGAACCCCGUGACAGGCGAGCGCGCCUUCAUGGUCCAUGGUAUCUGCGUCCGGCGCGCAUUCGUUCGGUCAAGCGAAGACGAAGAACCAACCAUCAUCGAUGACGUUGCGGAGAUAAGGGCGUGGUUGAAACCCAUCCAAGAACGCGUACUAAAACCGGAAUACAUCAUGCUGCCGAAGACUGAAGAAGGAGAUAUCAUCAUGUGGGCCAACUACCAGAUGUUUCAUACUGCCGUGGAUUACCCGGAUCAAUGGGGUGCGAGGACGAUGCAUCAAGCGAAUAUUGGGGCAAGUAGUGGGCCCGUUGGACCAGUGGCUAUUCCCGGUGUUGCGUAG